AUGAAGGCACCCGUUUACUCUACUCUUCCCAUUGUAGACGUUGCCGGAGGCGAGUAUCUCCAUUUGGGUGUACGACAUGCUCUUGUAAAAUGUCUUUCAUCGACUCCUGCAAGCAUGCACCCCGUUACACCUCUUGAAAUUGAUUUCAGUACUGACGAGGCUUCUCUGGACAAAGUCAGUAAAAUCUUGAUGUGGCCCAGUCAGAUCAGAGUGGCCAAUAUUCCGAACAGUAGUCCAUACAUUGUUGGAAUAUUUAAGGGUUCGACAAAACCAUCCAGCGCAUCACUUUUCUUCCAGCCGUUUAAAGACGAGAUGCAAGAAUUGCUCGAUAAUAGUCUGGACUUUCAGAACGGAAAUGUCUUCGUCCGUUUAAGGUGCUUUGUUGCAGAUGCACCUGCUCGUUCUUUUUCCUUGGGUCAUCGUGGCCACAAUUCUCGAGCUCCUUGUUCAAGGUGCUGGGUGAGAGGGGAGUACAUUCGUGCUGGAGUUAUGGUGUACAAAGGAACGACUCACAGGCUUCGUACAGAGGAUGAAUAUUCUUCAAUGGUCGAUACCGAUCACCACAAUUGCAUUGAAUGCCCACUUGCUUCGCUCGGUUUCAAUGUAGUUUCCAGUACGGUAUUCGAUUACAUGCACUUGGUGUGCCUAGGCGUUAUGGAAAUGGGCAAUAUAGGCAUAAUGGGCAUAAUAGAUGGUAGGUUCGUCAAAUCAUCAAAAAUCUCAAACAAGAGUCAUCUGCAAGCUCUGAAUAGCCGCCUCGAAUUAGUAAAAACGUACUGUCCAAGAGAUUUCGCUCGGAAGCCGAUCCUUAUUGAGAAGCAUGGCAAGUUUAAAGCCACCGAGCAAAGACAGUUGCUUCUUAACAGUGGUCCCAUUAUUUUUAAUGGAUUAGUAAACUCUGCUGUAUAUAAUCAUUUUCUUCUACUUCACACAGCAAUCAGAAUUUUAGUAGAUCCUCAAUGCACACCACAGUCCAUUGAUUUCGCAGAAAAAUGCAUUAAUCUUUUUAAUGAGACAGCUUCCGACAUUUACGGCGUAGAGUUUCUUUCGUAUAAUGUUCACGCCCUUUUACAUCUUCCCGACGAUGUUAGAUCUUUUGGUCACUUGGAUACGUUUUCAGCAUUUCCAUACGAAAAUAACAUGACGUAUUGCCGCAAAAUGUGCAGGAAACCGAGUCAGCAUCUGCAACAGAUUGCUAAUCGGAAUGCUGAAAAUUGCCACACGCAGAGUAAAGUACCCGUCGAUCCAUCCAGACUCAAGUACAUUGGUAAACAUUUAAAAGGUCCUACUCCACCAAUCGAUGACAACAAUUAUUGUCGAUAUAGUAGAGUCCUUACGGGAUCGCUGUAUUUAUCGAUACUUGGACAGGAUAGCGCCGUUGUUCUUCGAAACGGUUGUAUUGCGACAAUUAAAAAUAUUAUACAACGUGAUAAUAGUUGCUAUCUUGUCUUAAAUAGAUUUACAAAGAUUGACGAUUUGUUCAAUCUUCCGUGUCGCUCAUCUGAUAUUGGUGUUUAUAUUUGUUCUGCUCCAAGUCCAAAAUUGAUGUACGUUAGGUUAGAUCAAGUUGCGGGCAAAUGUUUUCUAAUGCCGUACUGGUCCAAGGAAGGUACGACGAAAGAAUGUAGUUCUGAACGUUUCGUCGUUAUUAAAAUUAUCUCCACAAAGUCCGUAGUUUAA